UUCAGGUGAAGAGGAGGAAAAGGAGGAGGGAAGAUGGUGAGAGGGAAGACGGAGAUGAAGCUGAUAGAGAACUUGACGAGCAGGCAGGUGACAUUUUUGAAGUGGAGGAAUGAUCUUCUGAAGAAGGUGUUCGAGCUCUCAGUCCUUUGCGACGCCAAGGUCACCGUCAUCGUCUUCUAUCUCCGGGGAAGGCUAUGUGAAUUCUCCAGCACCAGGUUUUGGCUAAUAAUAGUAGAGCAGCAGCAGCAGCAUUAUUCGUUCCUCCUGACUCAUGGAUCAUCUAAAAUUUCAUGAACUCUGUGCAACGAUCGACAGGGCUGCAAAGAGCAAAACCUAGUCCACACGACAAACAUCAAAAAAGACGAGGAGAAGAGCUGGGGUGGUGUCCACAGUUUAGGUCAUGCCGUGUAGGGCACGAUUCAUGAUGGAUUUCUUUCUAAAGUCGCAUGAGAUCCUAUCAAACCAUCAAAACUAUCACCACGUUCCUCAGCAAAAUUUCGAAGUCUCGUAUCACACGCAGCCCCCACGGCAGCGCUUAAAGUUUUUGAGUCUAGACACACAGUCAACAGCGCCUGUUUCUUCUGGACAAUUUGGGUAUCUUUGUGAACAAAUGAACAAUUACUUGCAUGGCAUUUCCGGGCGACACCGAAUCAUUCGUACUUGACCAACGCCAAAAGCUGUUACCGGCCCCGGAAGUCUAGCCUUUGGAUGGACUCUUCCUACUUCGUGAGAGUUUCCUAUGAGGUUGCUGCUGUGCUUCCCGAUAGAAUCAUGUGAGAAUGGAAAUCAUUAUCUUCUCUACUUUUCUUUAUUUAAGUCCCAACGCAACACGUUAGUGUGGAGGAAGAGUUAGAUUUCCCUCCCUUCUUUUUGUUGGUAAAGUUGGGUGAAUUAAAUAAUAUGACUAUAGAUAUACCCUUCAGAACCAGAAAAUAAAAAUUGAAAAAUUUAGAUGGAAGAUGUA